AUGUUAGAAACUUUAUGGACCUUGACCGGUCUGGUAAUCUCCACUCCAGGACAAAAGGAACUACCCAAAUCCAUCGUGACCAAAGCGCUCAACGACAAAAUUCUGAGGUUACCUGUUAUAAAAGAAGAAUAUACAACAGAUAACACUUCCAAUAUAAAGACUGAGAAAAUCAGCGUACAGCUUGUAGAGGAAGACGAUAGCCAGGACUCUGUAUUCCUCGAUAUAGAAGAAGAGCAUUCUCAAAUCCAUGCUGAAGAAAAAGAUUUACCGGCACUACCCUUGUCGCCUGCAGAGGAGGAAGAAUCCCCCGCGUCGAGUGAUGACCUUGUGGACAUUGAAACCCUUCCUCAUGGUGAAGACCACACGGAGGAAGAGAAAAUCAAUGCAUCCCAAUGGGAUUCCGUGAUUCAACCUUGCCCACCUACUGCCUUGGCAACUUGUAGCCCUGACGAAGUACAAACUAUCACAUCGGACAAGAUUCGUACUGCAACACUUCCACACGUCUGUAACCCACGGCCAUCUCUCAUCCGUGACUCUGUGGUGGUGCCUCGAACCAAGGAUAUAGAUCGGUAUAAGAUCUUGUACAAAAUCAAAUACGAUAAUCGCAAGUCAAGGGAUAGUUGGUUGACAAUGGAUGGUCGUAUGUCUAUCCGUAACAGUAGAAGCGGGAUGCCUCGUGUAAAGCAAAUGUGGCACGAAUUCAGGGAAGGAAAGAGCAGCAGUGGUCAGCUGCCGUUGGUGUACGCUCGACAACGCCGGAGUCAAGCCAAGGGUCACUAUUUCUUCUGGGGAGGGUUCGUUUGUCCCAUUAUUUGGGUAAUUGGAGCUUGGUAUCUGGAAAAAACCGCCAGUUCAGCUGACGACAAAUGGAGAAGGAGGUGUAGUCGGGCCGCCAUGUUAACCACUGUUCUGAGUGUAUGCUGCCUCCUUGUUUUCUUUGUCGUUCACCCUUCUAUAUUUGUUCCCCGCAUGUCGUUCAAGCCACCUACUGGAACCACCGUCUUUGGAUCGGAUUAA